ACACAUCUAUGGAGAGCAAAUCCAGCUGCUGAGGGUCACAUCUGCAUCAUUGUAGCUACAGUGGAUGUUUCAGUGUCAGGACUGAAGGCGGAGCUUUGUGCGUGUCAGGGUGAGGCCGCAGCAGCCGCCUCCAACCGGAGCGCUCGGGCGUGAAACUAGGAGGAAAGCCGACGUCCUCCUCUUUCCUCAGAAGUGAUCUGUGGCCGGCCGGACUUCAUUCCACAGAUGUGCUUUAACAAAGUGUGAAGCUGAACUCUGAGCUGUGACAGUGUGAGCAGUGUGAGAGUGUCAGUAGAUGAUCAGCAGAGGAAAGUGAGAGCUGCUGUGAGCUGAUGUCCUGAAGGGCUUUUAAAGAGUCUCUGAGUUUGACAGGAACAUGAAGAUGUUUGUGGUGUUUGUGAUCCUCCUGCACGUUUCCCAGCAUGCCUCGGCUGUGGAGCUGUAUGAGGGAGAGCCAUUUGUCCUGCUGCCCUGUGAGUUUCCCACUUUUGAACUGGACAGCCCCACGGUGGUGUGGAGUCGCUCCGACCUCAGUCCUCCAACCGUCCACCAGCGUCAGCUUCAAGGAGACGAACUGAAAGAUCAAAACAAGCGUUACAGCGGCCGAACAUCCAUGAAGACUGACGCUCUGGAAACUGGAGACCUCACCCUGAACCUGACCAACCUCCAACUGUCUGACAGUGGCACCUACACCUGCUCCAUUAGAUCGUUUAGAGGAGAAUGGAGACUGAGAGAUGUCCCACUGCAGGUCAAAGAACCAUUUCCAUCCUGGGCCACAGCUCUCCUGGUUCUCCUGGUUCUUGUUCUCAUCGUCUCUGGAGGUCUUUUAUUUCAUUUCCGGCACUAUUUCACGUCAGUUUACAAGGUGGAGGUGAAUUCAGGGGUGGAGUCUGUCCUGCUCCCCUGUAAAGCCACACUUCACCUGCCUAAAGACGUUAGAGUGGAGUGGAAGGACAUGAAAGACAGGAAGGUCCACGUGUAUGAGAACAGCUCCGACAAGAAUAAAGAACAGGAUGAAGUUUACAGAAAUCGAACAAAGAUGAAUGAAGACCCGUGGAAAACUGGAGACCUCAGUGUGACCCUGAAACACCCCACAGAGAGAGACACAAACACCUACACCUGCACCAUUAGCAGGGAGGGAAACAUCCUGCUGAAGAAACAAGUGCUGCUUACUGUCAGAGAGUGUCGGGUGGAGGUGGAGGAGGGGGCGGAGUCUGUCCAGCUGCCCUUCAAAACCACAGCUCAGCUGCCUGAAGACACUCAGGUGGAGUGGUGGCACCGUCCUGAGAAGCCUGACAAACAGGAGCGGGAUUACAGAGACCGAGUGAAGAUGAAGGACGAGCGUGUGAAAAGCGGACAGUUCAGCCUGACCCUUAAACGCCCCACACAGAGAGACAGUGGCAGAUACAGCUGUGUGGCCUGGAGCCAGGGAAACAUCAUCGGAUGGAGAGUCGUGCUGCUCACAGUUACAGGGAGAGAUCAUUACAUCAGGAACAGAAGCAGCUCCAUUGAUCCGACUCCUCUGAUGGCUGAUGUUUGAUCUGUGUUCCUUUAUUAUUGAUCAGUGAUGUCAGAGUGGAGUCGGUGUGAUGUUAUCAAUUAUACUGGAAACACUUUGCUUCUGAUUCUCCUACUGAUCAGUUUGUGUCUUGACUCUGUUUAAAACUUUGUGACUGUCGGGUGGGCAGUGAGCAGUCUGCAUGAGUGGGAGCUGUGGACGCUGCUGCAGGAAGGCUGCAUGUCAUUUAUUUGUAUGAGUUUAAUCCAUUAAAGUUAAUAAAGAGCUA